AUGACCGACGCUCUUCACUCGUCGUCAUCCUACGAGUCAGACAAGCAUUCCGCGCCUGUUGUCCAGUCGCAGACCGCUCCUGUCGUCGAGGACAAGGAGCUCGCUCGCCUCCGCCGCAAGGAACGCCUUUCGAGCGCCUUCACCAUCGCCUGCGCUGGUUUUGCGCUCGUCAGCGAUGGACUACAAAACAAUAUCAUGUUGACGAACGUCCUGUUCGCGCAAAUCUACGGCAAGGCCUACUCGUCUUCGAUCUCGACCCGCCUCUCCAACUCGCUCACUGUCGGUACCAUCCUCGGCCAAGUCUCCAUCGGCAUCGUCUGCGACCUCCUCGGGCGCAAGCAUGGCAUCGUCAUUUCGACUUUCUGCAUCGUCGCCGGCAUCAUCAUCGUAACCGCUUCGCACGGAGCCCACGGCGCUCUCGGUGGCUUCUUCUGGUGCUUUACGAUCGGUCGUGGUCUUACCGGCAUCGGCGUUGGCGGCGAGUACCCUUCGUCGUCUGCGAGUGCUGCUGAGGCGGCCAACGAGAAGAUGGUUAAGUCUCGCGGACCUGUCUUCAUCUUCGUCACCAACCUCGUCCUCUCGUGCGGCACCAUCUUCGCCUGCAUUCUCUACCUCAUCGUCUUCGAAGCAGCCGGCGGCCUCAACGCGAACCUCAACACCGUCUGGCGCACAGUCUUCGGAAUCUCGAUGGUCCCGCCUCUCGCCGUCUUCAUCUUCCGCAUGCGCAUGCUCAACUCGCAGCUUUACCGCAAGAACGCGAUUCAGCAGGGCGUCCCGCUCUUGCUCACGCUCAAGUACUACUGGAGGAGUCUGAUCGGUACUUGCGUCGCCUGGUUCCUCUACGACUUCGUCACGUUCCCCAAUGGCGUCUUCUCCGGCACCAUCAUUUCCUCCAUCGUCCACGCCAAGGGCAAGUCGCUCUUCCGCCACACCGCAGAAUGGCAGCUCCUCCUCGGCACGAUCGCCCUUCCCGGCGUCUUUGUCGGCGCAUGGCUUGUCAACAGGAUCGGGCGCAGGAACACGAUGAUGCUCGGAUUCUCUGGCUACCUCCUCAUCGGCUUGAUCGUCGGCUGUGCCUACAACAAACUGAUCCACGUCGUUCCCGCCUUCGUCAUCCUCUACGGGCUCAUGCAAUCGUCAGGAAACUUGGGACCGGGCGACUGCCUGGGACUCGUCUCGGCGGAGAGCUUCGCCUCUCCCGUUCGCGGAACGCUUUACGGCUUCAGCGCGGCUAUUGGCAAAGUUGGAGCUGUCGUAGGCACUCAAAGCUUCACCCCGAUCCGCAACAACCUCGGCCCGCGCUGGACCUUUAUCGUCGCCGCUAUCUGCGGCAUCCUCGGCGUUCUCGUCACCUUCUUCUUCAUCCGCAACGAUCUCGGCGGAGACCUCGCCGAGGAGGACCGCAAGUUUGUCGCCUACCUCCGUUCGCAGGGCUGGGAGGGCCACAUCGGUGUCUCGGGCAAGGAGGCCCUCGUCGACGCCGAGGAGGGUCCUAAGAACGACGCCAAGGCGAAGGAAGAGAUGGUCGAGGACCUUUGA